AAAAAAUACACACUAUACUCCAGUACAGUACAUCAUCUAGUGUUGCAGCAGCAGUGUGUGUAAGAGGAGAGAGAAGCAGUGCCCUUUAAAUUCCAAGCUUGAGCUCUCAGGUCCUGCUCCCUUCGAGUCCCAGCUCCCAAGAUUUUACGAGAAGUAUUGGGCUCAACAAACCAAGAUAAACAGUGUGUUGUGUUUGUGAGAGAGAAUUAGUGGACUUGGAGAGAGAAUAUUACUACUCCUACUAUCGCUAUUGUGAGAUAGAGCGAGAGCGAAAAAAGUGGGAGUAGAGUAAAAAUACCACUCCCCUCCAUCGGUCCAUCCCAUCCAGUAGUAGUAGGGUGUUGUGUGGCGCCUCUCGCCGCGAAACGUUCGAAACCCCACGAAAACCUCCAAGAAAAACGAACCCAACCUACGUAACGCGCGGACAUGACGGCCGCGUGACGCCAUGUCGGCGGAGGAGGCGGGGGGCGCGUCGGCGGAGGCAUCGGGGUCGGGGUCGGCGCCGGCCGGUGCGGCAAUGGUGCCGGGCGGGGAGGAGGCGGCGGCGAGGAAGCGCUACGACGCGCUGAUGCAGGUGCGUGCCAAGGCGGUCAAGGGGAAGGGCGCCUGGUACUGGGCGCACCUGGAGCCCGUGCUCGUACCGCCGCCGGGUUCCGGCGUGCCUCCCAAGGCUGCCAGGCUGCGGUGCGUGUUGUGCGCGGCGACGUUCUCGGCGUCUAACCCGUCGCGCACGGCCUCCGAGCACCUCAAGCGCGGUGCUUGCCCCAACUUCGCCGCGCAGCAGGGGGCCGCUGCGCAGCCACACCAGGCGAUGACCGUGUCCGCGGCGUCGUCCGUCGUGCCCAUCUCGUCCAUCCCGCCGUCGUCGCAGCGCCGCCACUCGACCGGUGGCGGUGGGCGGAAGAGGCACGCGCUGGCUGCCGCGUACGCCGCCGUGGAGGCGGCGGCCUCCCAGCACGUGGUCGUGGGAGACCCUUCCUCUUACUCGCCGACGCCACCCACGCCGCCGGCGCUGCCCGCGCCACGGCAGGUGCUCUCCGGUGGCCGCGGUGACCUGGGCGCUCUCGCCCGGUUGGAGGACAGCGUGAAGCGGCUCAAGUCGCCCGUGGCGUCGCCGGGGGCGAUGCUGCCACGGCAGCAGGCCGAAGCGGCUCUCGCGCUGCUCGCCGAGUGGUUUCUCGAGUCGUCGGGCAGCGUCUCCCUCGCCUCGGCAGAGCAUCCCAAGCUGAAAGCCUUCCUCCGCCAGGUUGGGCUGCCGGAGCUGUCACGGGCCGAGCUCGCCGGCGCCCGCCUCAACGCGCGCUUCGCCGAGGCUCGCGCCGACGCCGCGGCGCGCAUCCGUGAGGCGCGGUUCUUUCAGCUCGCGGCCGACGGGUGGCGCGAACAGGUGGUCACCCUCUCCGUCAACCUCCCCAACGGCGCGUCCGUUUUCGAACGCGCCGUGCCCACGCCGGCUCCGGCAUCGUCCGACUACGCCGAGCAGCUUAUGCUGGAAGCCAUCUCAUCCGUCUCGGCCUCCAGCGAACUCCACCAUUGCGCCGGCAUUGUCGCCGACCGUUUCGGCUCGAAGGCCCUGCGCGAUCUCGAGCACAAGCACCCGUGGAUGCUGAACCUUGCUUGCCAAGUCCAUGGCUUGUCCCGUCUAGUCAGGGACAUGGCCCGUGAGCUCCCGCUUUUCCACUCCGCGUCGGCGAACUGCGCCAAGAUGGCCGCCUACUUCAACGCGGCGCCCACGGUGCGCGCGCUGCUGCACAAGCACCAAGUCCAGGAGCACGGUCACGCCAUGCUCCUCCGCGUCGCCGCCCCGCCGUUCGACCGCGCCGCGGCGUUCGCAAUGCUCGAGGACAUCCUGACCUCGGCGCGGCCGCUCCAGCUGGCGGUGCACGAGGAGUCGUACAAGCUGGUGUGCAUCGACGACCCCGCGGCGAGGGAGGUCGGCAGCAUGGUGCAGAAGGUGGCGUUCUGGACGGAGGUCGAGGCGGCGCACUCGCUGGUGAAGCUGAUCACCGACAUGGUGAAAGAGAUGGAAGCUGAGAGGCCGCUAGUCGGGCAAUGCCUGCCGCUCUGGGAGGACCUGCGCGGCAAGGUGAGAGGCUGGUGCCGCAAGUUCAACGUGGACGAGGGCAUCGCCAUGAACGUGGUCGAGGUGAGGUUCAGGAAGAGCUACCACCCGGCGUGGUCAGCGGCGUUCAUCCUCGACCCGCUCUACCUGAUCAAGGAUGUCAGCGGGAGGUACCUCCCGCCGUUCAAGUACCUGACGCCGGAGCAGGACAAGGACGUGGACAGGCUGAUCACGCGGCUGGUGUCGCCGGAGGAGGCCCACCUGGCGCUCAUGGAGCUGAUGAAAUGGCGGUCGGAGGGGCUCGACCCGCUGUACGCGCAGGCGGUGCAGGUCCGGCAGCCCGACCCGUCGACGGGGAAGAUGAGGAUCGCUAACAAGCAGAGCAGCCGGCUGGUGUGGGAGACGUGCCUCAGCGACCUCAAGUCGCUCGGCAAGGUGGCCGUGCGGCUCAUCUUCCUCCACGCCACCGCCAAGGGGUUCAGGUGCGCGCCACCCAUGUCCCGCUGGCUCACCGCUCCCGGGAGCUCUGCCGCCGGCAUUGCCCGCGCGCAGCGCCUCGUCUACGUGGCCGCCAACUCGAAGCUCGAGAGGAGGGACUUCUCCAACGACGAUGACAAGGACCUGGAGCUGCUCACGGAGGGAGACGAUGACAUGCUAACUGAGGCUACUGCCAGUGUGGAUCCCUCUUCAGUGUAGUCAGCAGCAUACCACAGCAUCCAUCCCCUGAUCCCCUGCCUGAUUUUAAUUGGUUUUUCUUUUGUUUUUAAUUAAUUGCUCCCUUUUAAUGUUGCCCUUAAUUACUAGCAUUUGUAGAAUUUGAUAACUAGGAAUUGUUAGAUUCUUCAAUUUUUUUUCUCUCUAUUUUGUUUUCUUUUCCUUUUUUUUUACUUGUCUUGUGCUCAUGUUGCCAGUUCUUGCUUGCUCCCUCCUCUUGUUUUGGUGGGGUGGGGGUGGUAGGGGCAUGAGAUUGGAGAUCAUUUGCACCAUUAAUUUGCUUUGCGUUGCUAAUCAUGUGUGUGUGUUUUUAAUUAAUUAAUAUAAGCGGCUCGCACUCACUCGCU